UUAUUUAUUUUUUUACAUAUGUGCAUCAUCUACAAAGAUACAAAUAAUUGCUAUUGCGACAUCUAGUGGACAGAUUUAGAACAGCUGUUUCUUUCAUUCAAAAAUUUCAGGUUAAUUUUUGUACUUAGCAAACUCAUCCCGUGGGCCGGAUAAAACCUGUUCGCGGGCCUCAUCCGGCCCUCGGGUCGUACAUUUGACACCUCUGUUAUAGACUCUACUUUAAAACACUAUAUUUUUAUUUUAUUAAUUUUUUUCCCUCAAAACACUGUAUUUACCAAACUGAUUUUUUUAAACAUUCAUUUUGCUCACAUUUUUUUUUAUUCAAUGGAAUCUCCAGAAUAAUUUGAUGUUAAAAGAAAAAAAAAAAAACACAAAAUUCUUUUACAUAAAUUCAGGGUCCACAAAAAGCGUUGGUAAUAAAGACACAAAUGAACCUCUUUGUGGUGUGAGGGAGCGGGACAAAACGCGCCAGCAAGAAUGUACAUACAAAUGGCAUAAUUGCGCUCAGCAUCAAGGGUUAGAAUUGGGGGUUAAAUCACCAAAAAUGUUUCCCGGGCGCGGCCACCGCUGCUGCCCACUGCUCCCCUCACCUCUCAGGGGGUGAUCAAGGGUGAUGGGUCAAAUGCAGAGAAUAAUUUUGCCACACCUAGUGUGUGUGUGACAAUCAUUGGUACUUUAACUUUAAUAAAGUAAAUUGAACAAUACAAAUAUUUUCCUCCUUAUCCGCGAGGAUAUUAACUACGAUGUCUGCAAAUAAAUACGCAGAUUUGUUCUUUCCUGGGAACAUUUCUAAUUCAUGUUGAUGUGAAGUAGUUCUCAACCGGCUUUAGUCGAGAUUAACUUCACACAGUGACAGUUCAUCUGCAAAAUAUGUGUGUGUUAGCAAAACAAACCCCCCUGGGAGAGGGGUUGGGGGGGGGCUGAUGGGAGAAGCAGGACAAUCAAAGGCUGCUAUUUUAAUCUGGGCUGCCUCAGAGAUUAGCUCGCCGCAUUGUUUUAAUUGUUUUAACGGGAGGGAGUGAAACGCUCGCUUGUAGGGGAUCCUUGGCGUAAAUCUCAAGUUCAAUAGUUUCUAAAACUUGAGCCCCCUCCCCACCCACCCCACCUCUGUGACCCCCUCAGGGCUCCCUCAUCCCACUUAAUCCCGGGCUAAUACCUUUCUUUCUAUUGGCUAAUGGCGGAGGGGAGCUCGGCUAAAUGCUUCUUAAAUAGUCCCGGCUGAGAAUGUUUGCAGGCUAUCAUACUGGGGGUGCAGCUGAGCCGGACUGGAACUUACUGGACCAGGGAGCUACUACUGGGAAUUUGGGACAGUUUCUCAAAAGUCAAGACUUGCACCUUGUCAGGUGAACAUGAACUCCCUGAGUUUGUGCAGCGGCCCCUCCCUCCUCCCCCUGCAUGACGUCAUGCUGGAUCUCCACCAGCAGAUGGCGCAGCAGUACAGCGUCUACUCCGCCGCCGGCCCCGCAGUGCGCACCCUGUCGGUGGCAGAGAGACUUGCAGAACUUAUAUUAGAGGCCCGCUAUGGAAACCAGCAAAAGCAACGCCGCAGCCGCACAGCGUUCACCGUGCCCCAGCUGCAAGCUCUGGAGAACGCAUUCCAGCAGACCCAGUAUCCUGACGUCAGCAUGAGGGAGAGGCUGGCCAUGUGCAUCAACCUGCCUGAGGCUCGCAUUCAGGUGUGGUUCAAGAACCGAAGAGCAAAGUUUCGCAAAGUUCAAAGAUGUCCCGCCCUCUGCACAGAACAAAAGGAGGACAAGCUGGGAGAGGAUGUGGACCGAGAUGUGGACACUGAAAGCAACAUCCCACUCAAGCCAGCUCUGCCCCAACUUCCUGUGUCAGAUAAAAGACGAGAUCUUUGUCCGCGUACGGACGCUCACCUCGUCUCCAGGCGACCCUGCCCUCCGCUUUUGCCUUUCAUCCCAGGCCGCAGUUACAGCCACUCACCUCACCAGCCUCUUUUUGGGAUGCUGUCAACAGACUUUAUAGCUCCUCCGGAGUUCUGGCCUUUGGUCCAGCAGCAUAGCUCCUGCUUAGGGACCCCUACUUCAGUCAUUACUAAAAACUGCAACCUCUCCUAUCAAACUGCUUCUGCCAAUAAAGCUUUGCUGCAUUUUAACCUGGGAUUGUGAGUGAGUGAGUGAGUGAGUGAGUGAGUGAGUGAGUGAGUGAGUGAGUGAGUGUUCAUUUUGGUCUUACUAGGGUCUGACGUUAUAAGAUGAUCCAAAUGUCACCAAUUAUUAAAAAUAUAAACAAGAAUUGAACGUGGUCAAAGCCUUAAUGGACAAGUGCCCUGCCCCCGCCUCACAAGUGUUUAUGCUGAAGAUCCUCAGCCAUGACAAAUGUAAAGCCUCACUCACAUUGUACAUAUUGUGAUGUUUCUUUUUUUUUAGCAUAUGGAGCUCAUAUAUUUGUAUCUAUAGUAAUGACAAUGGCGGCUAUGUAACAAAGCACUGCAGCAUAUAAAUGUGAAAUAAUAAAGUGGUUUGUAUUUAAACUCUCCGAGGUAGCCCAGUUCUUAAUGUGAGGAUCCAAAACUCAACGUGUGGUUUUGUUGUGGAUAUUAUUAAUGAAUAGUUGCAACUAAUUGGAAUGUCAUCACUGUACAAACAGUUCAUAAUUCAUACAGUCAACUAGUGGUUUGCUAGCUGCACUAAAGCGAACCAACAGGCCCUCCAGCGAGUGGUUAAAGCGGCGGGGAAAAUUACAAGGACGAUACUCCCAGAGAUGAGUGCCAUGUACACAACUCGCUACCUAAAGCGAGUACACAACAUCCUGAAGGACAGAUACCACCCAGCACAUGGCCUCUUCAACUUGCUACCCUCAGUAAGGAGGUAUAGAUCGAUUCGCGCCAGGACCACCAGAAUGUCUCACAGUCUGUAUCCCCAGGCUGUGAGACUGCUAAAUGAACAGCCUGCCCCUUUGCUGCCCCGGACCAUCUUAUUACCUCACUCUUCACCACCUCAAUAAUUGUGCUCUGGACAUUGCAUUGCUGCAACAUCAACGUAACACCCAUCAGACAUCUGACUGUUCCCACCCCUACGUCCCUCUA